UCUCGUGCGAAAUACUACGCUGGUUUAAUUUGCUUUAAUUACCGAUGGAGUAAACAUUCGUAUGUGGAAAGUCUUCUUGAAAGUGAUGUAAAGUUCGAUACUGUCACUUUGUCUGCACAAGCGAUAGUGAUUUCAUGGAUAUGGAAGGCAAUAUUCUGAAGAAUGCGAUCGUAGCACUUGUAGCAGCCUUAAUGUUCCAAGGACUCGACAUUGUGCAUUGUGCGGAGUGUUGCGCGCCAUAUUUGGAUGGUAACGGGGAGUACCGCGCGUCAUUUUGGUGCCCACAAAAGUGCUGUUACAGACGACAUAUUGGAGCGACACCAACAGAGACUCUUUAUGUCAAAGAAUUGGACUUCCGGUUCCGGGAAUGUUGUGAUAAUCCUGACCACCAAGUGUAUUCAUACGAGCGACGUACGUGCCUUUUACAACAACCAAUAAGUUUAAGAACUUACGUGCUCCUGACGACAGCGGUUUCCAUAGUAACGGUGACCGGGACAAUGGUGUACUGCCUCAUAUCGAAAUGUCAAAACAAAAUACACACGAAGAACAAUGUGAAUGUCUCUAACACUAUAGACAUUGAUGAUAUCACCAAGCCAUUGGAUCCGUUUGCUAGAAUCGACUAUCCAGAAAGAAAAUCGAAUUCAUGGAAAAUCUCUAAACUUUGAUGUCCUAUAGCAAUGUUGCCUUUCUAUGAAUGUAAUAUUACAUAUGUG